AAAUCUUUCAAGAUGGCGUAAAUAAUUUGAGAGCGAUGAAAAUAGUACAUAAAUUAGCCGAAAUUGCACGAUUUUAGAAGACAGCUGUUUGUAUUUAGAUGUAAAUUCACCACAACUUAGUUAGCAUUUAUUGGUCAAAGCCAUGGAGUUUAACAAUCUACUUGUAUCACCAAUCGGGAAUGGGGAUUGUUCAGAGGACAAGGUGUCUGAAACUUUAAACGAUGAUUCACAGCCAGCUUCUGUCAACUGUGGUGCUUCAGCAGCUUCUAGUGACAUCUGCUCUUUUAGUCCGCUUAACAAACAAUCAAAUGAUCUCAAUCCUUCAAAUAAAGAAACAGGAAAUGUUGUCAUCUUGCCGCAUCAAAUACGGGAGCGCAAGAACUUUCAUCAAGACUCGUCAAAUUCAAAAAGCAUUAUAUCAACUAUAUUGAGUAACAUCAGUUUGCGUUUAAAAUCUAGAGAAACGGAAUCCGACAGUGACACCAAAACGUCGACAAACAAAGAGCAUUUCAUCAACGAGGAACAAAUGGAGGACAGUAGUUCAGCCUCUGAAGAUUCUGACGAGGAAGAAAUGGACACAGCAUCAAUAUUAUCCAAUAAUGAAGACGAAACUGAAAAUUCUACUGAUGAAGAAGAAUCGAUCGAUUCAGAUGACUCAACGUCAACGCCAUCUUUAGACGAAAAUACAAAUUUUGGAGAUGUGAGAGAAGCUACAUGCGAUGAGCAUGUAACUGAAGCUGAGCCAUUGGGGAAUUUUUCAGAAGACAGUUUGGUUAGAGACAAAUCGCGCAAACUUACAAAAGAUAAUUUUUCAGAAGAUGAAUUUCAAGAUAAGGACAAUUCUGUUGAAGAUGUUCAUGUAUCAUGUAAACUGCCAAUGGAGAAUUUUUCAGAGGAUAGAUUUGCUGAAGAGAACAAUUCUGUUCAAGAUAAAUCAUGCAAAUCAAAUAUGGAAUCUUUUCCAGAGGAAAAAUUCACUAAAAAGGACAAUUCUGUUCAAGAUGAGUCAUGCAAAUCUACAAUGGAAUAUUUUUCAGGGGAAGAACUUGCCGAAAAGGACAAUUCUGUUAAAUAUGAGUCAUGCAAAUCCACAAUGGAAAAUUUUUCAGAGGAAGAACUUGCCGAAAAGGACAAUUCUGUUAAAGAUGAGUCAUGCAAAUCUGCAAUGGAAUAUUUUUCAGAGGAAGAACUUGCCGAAAAGGACGACUCUGUUAAACAUGAGUCAUGCAAAUCCACAAUGGAAAAUUUUUCAGAGGAAGAGCUUGCCGAAAAGGACAAUUCUGUGAAAGAUGAGUCAUGCAAAUCUACAAUUGAAAAUUUUUCAGAGGAACUUGCCAAAAAGAACAAAUCUGUUAAGGUUAAGUCAUGCAAAUCCACAAUAGAAAAUUUUUCAGAGGAAGAACUUGCCGAAAAGGACAAUUCUGUUAUGGAUGAGUCACCCAAAUCCACAACGAAGGACAAUUCUGUUAAGGACAAGUCAUGCAAAUCCGCAAUGGAAAAUUUUUCAGAGGAGGAACUUGCAAAAAAGGAUAAUUCUGUUCAAGAUGAGUCAUGCAAAUCUACAAUGGAAAUUUUUUCAGAGGAAGAACUUGCCAAAAAGGACAAUUCUGUUAAGAAUGAGUCACCCAAAUCCACAAUGGAAAAUUUUUCAGAGGAAAAACAUGCCAAAAAGAACAAAUCUGUUAAAGAUGAAUCAUGCGAAUCAACAUUUGAGAAUGUUUCUGCUUCCUUUGAGGCAAGAUCAGUUGAUUCUCCCAAGGCCCAGUCAGACGUCCCUGAUUCUUUUAAUUCUUUUGAGCCAAGAACAAUCAAAGAAGAACCAGUUGAUAUUGAGGUGACCGAUAUCCAACAAACACCUCCUCGUUCUAAAAAACGUAAAAGAUCUCAACCCUCCAUAGAAUUGUCAAGUGAUGAUAUUAAAAACGAGCCCACUACACAACAGGAGGAUAAGGCUUUUAAAUGUGGAAUCUGUGGACGCUCGUUUCAGUGGAAUAGUCAUUUAGAAAUUCACGUCCGAUGUCACACGGGGGAGAAACCGUAUCAGUGCGGUGUCUGUGAAGCGUCAUUCAGUCGUAAAGGUUGUCUACAGUCACACAUGAGAACACACACGGGUGAAAAACCCUAUAAAUGUCAAACGUGCGGGAAAGCUUUCGGAAAACGAGGACAUUUGCAAGUUCACACCAAAAUUCAUACCGGCGAGAAGCCGUACAAGUGUACCGAAUGUCACAUGGCUUUUCGUAUUAACGGGAAUCUUCAGAAACACAUGACCAUUCAUACCGGAUUGCGGCCAUUCAAAUGUGAAAUCUGUGGAAAUACGUUCAGUCGUCAAGACGGUCUUCAAUCCCACCUUCGCUCUCAUUCUGGCGUCAAACCCUGCGUUUGUCAAACAUGUGGCAAAGGAUUCAAUAAAAACAAUGACUUAGAGCGCCACAUUCGCACCCAUACCGGGGAUAAGCCGUAUAAAUGUGAUUAUUGCGAGAAGGCGUUUUAUUCGAGCACGGAGAGGGUGCGUCACACAAAAACACACACCGGCGAGAAACCUUUUAAAUGCGGAGUUUGCGAACGAAGCUUCAGUCAAAGUGGUGAAGCUCAGAUUCACAUGAGACGCCAUAUUGGACAUAGGCCUUAUAUUUGUGGAACCUGUGGAAAGGCCUUCUAUGACAAUUCUGGCCUUAAAAAGCAUUUACGAACACAUGCACGAAAGUUGGCAAAAAUGGGAAUAACUGUGCCAGAUUUACCCCUGCAGUAGUAAAACAAAUUAGUUACAUGUAGAUUGCCCGCCGGGUUUCGCAAUGAGUUAUUUCCCUUUUGUCCUAAUCAAAAGCAACUUUGAACAUUGUGAAGUAUGUGGUAAUGUUUAUUUGGAUCAUGUUAUUUGAACUGUUGUUUUAUAAAGAUGUUAUAUGUUGUACUACAAAAUAGUAUAUCACAUAGAUUUAUUUCAAAUUUUAUUUUAUUCAGUAAUGAUGACUAUUUGGGGUUAGUGGAUUGAAUGAAUGUCUGGUGUCGAGUUCUCUCAAUCCCUUUUUUUCCGGCAUUGGUUUCCGCUUGUCGGUGGUGCAGUCCAUGAAAGGGGGCCUAGCGAGGGACAGCGUAUAGUCGUUCUGAUGAAACGUCCUACUGUUCAGCUCCGAACUGGGCUAAUGAAGACGGGCAUAUGCCAUACAGGGAAAUUUUGCAUGGACGGCGGCACUACUGCCAUCGCUUAUAUCGAAUUCCAACUGUCAUGGGAUCUUUUACGUGCACGCCAAUGUGUACACGGGACCUUGAUUUUUCGUCUCAUCCAAACGACUAGACAGCAGUUUUUGUCAGGCCCUCCGUCCUGCGUCACUGACAAGGGGGAACCCUUGGCAGUUGUAAUUCCGUCAUGGUGUACACCGGUCAUGAAUAGCCCAGUCAAAGCAUAACAGUGGAACGUUAAACCCUGUUUCAUUUUAUUUCUCUUAAUCCCAAAAAUAGUGAAAAGCGAGUGAAAGGGGGAUAUUUCGGGCUACAAAGCUUGCACCAACUGCGUGAGAAAAUAUGAGAACCAACCAUGACAGCUGAAACAUUGGUUGCGUUUAUUACAUCACGAUUCUACUCACACCACUUCAGUUGUCGGGACUGACAGAACUGUGCCAGAACUGAAUUCAAUGUCACUCAAUCGCAAUUCUGUUAAUUCGCGACGUCCCCAAUGAAAACAAUCUUGCAUCUUAUCAAAAUAUUUCUAAAGGUAGUUGGGGGGGUUGGGUGGUCGAAUGAAUAGUGUGUGCUUGUUGUAACGUAAGGUCUGUCAUUGAGUAAACUGGCAUGGUUUCGAUUCCCUGGUUGUAUGUGACAAAAAGUAGGGUUGCCUAUCCAACCUCGUUGGUUUUCUCCGGGUCCACCGGUUUCCUCCUACUGCUAAAGACCCCUACAGACAUGCAAAUUAUUGAAAUAAAUUGAACCAUGUGUUAGUCUCGAAAUGACCUAGUUUGAGUCAAGUGGACGUUAAACCCCAUUUCCCUCUCUCACUCUAAAGUUUAGAGUUAUCUUUGUGUUUAUAAGUACAUGUAUAGGGCUGAUCGCUUGUCAGUCCUGAACUGAAAUUCGGAAUUCAGUCUUGUCACAGUUCUGAUUAGGGAGAUGGUGUGAGUAGAAUCUGACGUAAGCAUCUCUUUUUAGCAAUCAUAAUUGGUUGAGACAAUGUCUUAUGUGUUGUAGCAGGAAUACCCAAUUUCACUUGAUUGUCACUAUUUUGGGGAUCGGGAGUAUUCAAUUCCGCAACUUUAAUCAAGUAUCCCCAUGGUGACAGUUUGAUUGGCUAAAUCUAUUUGUUAAGGCCAGCUCAAUUUCUGUCAAAGUCGCUGAGAUGUAAUUAGAGCAUGUGAUUGUUUGCGAGAUUGUAGGUCAGGGUAAGCAUUAGGGCUAGGUCCAGGGUUAGGGUUGGUAUUAGCGCUAGGCCUUUUUAUAUCUUGUGGAGCCACGGUGGCUAGGUGUUUAAGAUGCUGGCUCGCUAGCCUGGAGGUCGGGUGUUCGAUCCCUGCAUUGGCCGAGAAAGUUCAUCCAGAUUUUCCGACGUGGUUUCCCCUUGUCAGUGGUGCAGAACGGAGGGCCUGACAUGGACAGCUGCCUAGUCCUUCGGAUGACACGAAAAACCGAGGUCCCGUGUACAUAUUGGAAUGCACGUAAAAGAUCUGGCAGUUGGAAUUCGAUAUAAGAGUAGGCGAUAGUGACCCUGCCGGGCAAAAUAUCCCUCAUAGCACACUGUAUGGCGUAUGCCCGUCUUCAUUAGCCCAGUUUAGGAGCAGAACAGCAGGACGUUAAACCCCAUUUCAUUUCAUUUAUAUCUUGUGACCUUUGACUAGACUUGAAGUUGGCCUUAUCAAAUAGUUCUAACCAUGUUUAUGAGUAUAUUUUGUAUAUUGUUUGUAUAUUUUGUGUAUUAUCUACAUGUAGAUAUAGAAUUAUAGUACAAAUUACUUCUAGUGUGUAUGUCUACAUAUAUGGUAGAAUCUGUUGAUAAUAAAUUAAACAUGCAUUAUGCAAGAGCAAAAUCUGCAUAUUACAAGUCUUUCUUUAGGCCUGAAAUGUUAUCUAAAUUAUCAAUUAGACAUUAAUUAACUUAUCCAGACCAUAAUAAACUCUCGAUGUCAAGGCUAGCCUUCGAUGUUGGCUGGAUUAGAUUCCUAUAUUGAUAAUUAAAUCAAUAAAAGCGGAUAAUCGAGACUAUGCUGUUUAUUUUAAUGAUU